GUUCCUAACCCAGAAAAUAACCUCACUUUUGACCAUGUAAAAUAUGAGGUUCAGUCAUUUAUUUCUAAUGUAUGCGAAACGUACAGUGUGUGUAAGAUCACUAGUGCCUCCUUUCCGUUAUUUUGAAAUAAAAAACCAGAAAUGUGGCUUAGUUCAGUGCCAACUAUCGACUUGUGCCCCCUUGAAUAUGAGGCCAUACCGGGACGACAGUUCCACAGACGAAGAUCUCGACUACGACUACAUAAGUACACUAAAACAGGAAGGCUACGCCCGGGAUUUGUUGUACAAAAAUACCAAAGAUAUUUUACUCAAUCGCAUUUAUAGUUGUGUCUCAGUUCAAGAAUUAUUUAAUGUGUUGGAGCGCAAUUCGCAUUAUUACAGAUGCGAGGAUGUUACACAGACAGUGUUCGUGUUGUAUGAUUUAAUGCGGAUUUUUUGUGACGUCGCUGUGGCUAAUAGGAAAAGUUUAACCGAGGCAAAAGCCGAGUUUUUGAACAAUCUUUUAGUGAAUAGUAGUUUCCAAAAGUUACUCCAAAUCGCUGAAGGGAAAAUUCACGAUUUCGAUAGCAAUACAUUGAGUUUUUGUCUACUUUAUUUGACAAAGUUGGGGCUGGAUAUUGGGACAAAACCGGUCCAGUUAUUGAAUGAAAUAAUUAGGAAAAAAUUAGUGAAUGAAUUUAAAAUAUCACCAACUUCAAGAUACUUAGAGACGAUUUUUGAGGAAGUUAAUUUAAGGUCAUAUUUUAUGUCGCAAGAACUUAUUCCGUUAGUCAUUAAUGAGAUUGAUCGUUGUGAGUCUCCACUCGCCCUACAUGACCUUACUGUAAGUCUCAAUAAACUGUACAGAGUCGUAACUGACGAAACGUUAGAUAAGUACAAAGAAAAAGUCGAGAUUUUUAUUCAAAACGGUUUUUUAACAUCGUCAAAUUACAAAGUGGUUUUGCAAAUAAUCGCGUUUUUAAAUUACCCCAAAUGGCGGGAAAAGAACUCAGUUUUAAUCUCCAAGUGUGUUCUAUUGAUAAAAAACAAUUUAAGCGACUUGAACAUGAACGAAAUAAUAAUGUUAUAUGAGACAUUUUUCAAAAUCCAAGAACCGGGCGAAAUCCUCAGUAGUUUGCAACGUUGCUCGUCAAAGUUUUUCCACCAAUUGGACGAAACCCCAACCGCACAAAAACUGACCCUUUUCUCGAUAAUAAUCUAUUUCGCGUCCCCAAAUUUACGAAGCGACUUUCAAAAAAUCCUGAAAAAAUACGUGCAAGAAUGCAACGACUACGACAAUUUGAUGAUUCUUCGGAAAUUGUUGUCCCACGUGAAAGUCACCGACGAAAAACUUUGCAAUCUGUUUUGGGACAAAGUCCUGAAAUUUGUGAAAACGCAAAAUCUGGACGUGAUAAAACUGACGCAGAAUUACAUUAAUUUCAGUAACGAUACGGGGAAUUACAGACACCCCAAAUUCGAAGCUGAAGUUUUGAGCUUGAUGAGUGGUUUGGUCAAAGAGGCGAAUUACGAUUUUUUUCCGCAAAAAUUGUCGAAUUUUCUGAGUUUCGUGUUACUGUACGGGGAGGACCACAACUUGCUUCAGCAUUUGGUGGCGAAGUUGGAGGCGAGUUGGGGGCAACUGCGAUACAUUGAUUGUUUAAGACUCGCUUUCACGGUGAAAAUUUUCAGUGGGAUGGAAAACAAGUACAAAAAAUUGCCUUUCGUAAAGAGGAUUAAUCGGGUCCUUGAUGAAUUGAUUAAUAAAUUGGGGGAAAACAGCGCUGAUGAUUUGUGGAAAACCAACGCACUACUGAAAGCUUGUAUUUAUAAAAGCCGAGCUGAUGCACUUGUCACGAAUAAAUUAUUGAACAAUUUUAAGUGUUUUGGUCACAUUUCGUCGAAAAACAUCGAAAACAUUUACUUUUGUUUCCUUAUGACUAAUUCUCUAAUACCGGAAGUCAUCGAUAACAUGACUGAGUAUAUUGUUACUUACAAAAACCACGUUUUGGGGUUUAAUGUCUCAAGAGUGAUGUAUUUGUGCUACAGUCUGGGUUAUCAGCCGAAAAAAUCGAGCGAGUUUUUUGAAAAAGCCACCAAUAUCAUAAUUAGAGAUCAAGAACGGAUGACGGGUCUGUCGCUGAUUUACACCGCUGUAGCGUUGUGCUUCUUCAACAAACUCCCAAAUUCGUUGAUAAAAUCAAUUUUCAACGAGGAAUUUAUGGAUAAACUUGACAGUGAGCUGGAAAAGUGCUACUCCAAGGAUAAAUAUCCCCAAAGAGUUCGUUACAAUUUAAUGGAACUCAAUCGUGCGGUCUGUUUGGAUUACCCCGAGAGCAACGUCCCGUGGUUCCACCAAAAAUACGUUAAUGAAAAUGUCCACUCGACGAAAAAUUCACUUUUUUCCAAUAAAGUCAGGGAAUAUUUGAGGAAAAUUGUCCCAACUUCGGCCCUCGCCGAAAAUGUUGUCACGGCUUAUGGCUACAAGGUCGAUUUUGUGGUCAAUUUAAACUCGCGAGAGGAGCUUGUCGACGAGUCUCAAGCUGUAAAAAGGUUGGUAUUUCCUCACUUUCGUGAUAGAAAAAUAACCAGGGUAUUAAGCGACAUGACUGAGCAAGAAAAGCAGAAUGUCAAUUGAAAACAGUGUUGCCAAGUCUAGGGAAAUUUUUAUAAGGAACAAAUUAAAUGCACAGUAAAAAUAAUAAAUGCACAGUAAAGACAAAGAAUGAAUGUCUACAAAACUAAUUAAUUAAUAUUCACACAUUUACAAACAAAAUGUUUCCGAGCUAAAUCCGAAUGUCCCAAAGCGUUCAAAAACAGCAGUGCAAAGAGUGGCGUACGCUGGAUUAGACUGAUUACCAUUUGUGCACAGGUUAAAACCUUUGCUAAAAUCAUUCUUGCGCAGGGGCCCUUGCUAAUACAUACACCACCCUCCAAUAAUAAUAAAUACUCAAUAGUAUAAAAAUAAGAACCAAUAAUAUAUAACAUUCGCGCAGGCGCCAUACAUUGAGAACAAAAUUCGAUUUUUUAAUUACUAUGAUAUAGUGAAUGAAGACAAAAAUUAUGAAUGCCACUAUUUUUUGGCAUUUUUUGAGCAUUUUAUACAUUUUUUGCCCAAAAACUCAAUUAUUUUGCCAUUUUUUUCUGAAAAAUAUGUUGUAAAAACCCCCGAUUUGUUUUUAGAAUGUAGGUUUUUUUGAGAUAAUUUUACUCGACAGGAUUAAAAAAUCGUUAAAUUGGGUCGAAAAGUAUAUUAUUUUGGCGUUUUCGGAGCGUUUUAGUCCGUUUUUGAGCUAAAAACAGAGCUAUUUUGUA